AAAUCCCUCCAGUAGGCGGCGACAGCGCGCCUCGACUCCUUCUCUCCAACCGCCAGCAGAUCAAAAACAAGCAGAAGAAGAAUGCAGAGAGACGUUACGAGUUAGAAAUGGACCUAACUUGUACGCGUUUGGGUUCUUUACCCCUGAAUCCUCGUAUUGUUCCAUCGUGUUUUAGAGCAAUGGUUCCAGGCAGCGUUAGCGGACUCGUUGUAACACUCGGGCGUCGCGUCGUGAGAAGUUAGCUUACGGCUAAACUUGUAGCUAGCUGCGGCUAAACGUGUAGCUACCUCGGAGCGACUCCUCGUUAACUGUCCGCAUCGCGGGGCUGAAUGCCUGCUCGCCGGGCUCUGGUGGACUGCGUCGUGUUGUCUGUGCAGACAGCAGGUGUGUUUUAUCCGUGCUGCAAAGACUGCCUCUCAAGGAUUGAAGUUGAGCAGCGGGACACGACGAGAUGCAGAUGCUUAAAGUGUGGUUACAGCUGUCCGAGGGAACAGCUGGACUACAGAUAUCGUCUCUCACUGAAGGUGACCCGGAACAGCUGCAUAUUUGGAUUAACUGUAUUCGGAACAUGCUUGAACCCAUUCUUUGGCAUCCAUGCGAAGGGUUUACAGAGGUUGGUGGAGAACUCGGACGGAGCAUCAAACAGAUCCACAUUGCUGAUGAAGGCUGUUGAGGAUUGUUUCAUUGGCAGACAUUUCGUCUUUGGCAUAAAGGUACCUGAAACAGAAAGUCUGCCUUGGGUUGGAGCACCUGUUGCGAAUGUUUGCAGCAGUAAAGAAACGGUCCACUUUAUUGCCACUCAGAUGAUUCUCCCCAACGCUACAGGCUUGGGAGGCUGGACAGUAGUCAGUUACUAUCGGAUGCUUCUUCAGAAAGCGGCAUCCACCGAUUCCAGCCAAACCCGCGGACCCCCAGCAGCAACCCUGCUGCUGAUUCCUCACCAUUUUCCAGCCGGCAGCUUCAAUCGUUCCAGACUUUCUGCCUCAGAUCUUCUUUCCCACUCACCACCAAGUUCACAGUGCCAAGAUGGCACCCUUUCCCCCACCCCUCCAUGGGAACAGUCCCUUGGACUGGUCACCUCAUCGGCAGAGCCGGAGGAAGGCUGCAGUCACCUGUCUGGUGGAGAUGAGAUCAGCCGACGGACGGGAAACCAAGAAGCGCGACCGUGUGCUCAGAGAGGCUCCCCCGAGGACCAUAAAGUCAAAGAGGAGAAAGCGCUGUCCCCUCCCCUUUCGUUGGGGUGCUUUGGUAGUCCAUCAUUUUCCAAAUACCAGAAAGCGGUUGAAAACGCGUCGGUCCUGAACCCUUGGAUCAGCCCCCCCCCACGAGGCCACAACAUCGGCAAUGAGAGGGGGUUUUCCACCAGACGACCCGCCGACACAGUCUUGUCAAGCCCCUCGGCCUGGGGAGAUUUUCCUUUCUCAGAGAGUCUUUCAGAGUAUUGGUGUGAAGAUAACAACCAUCUUGACAUUGUUGUUGAAACAGAGCCGCAUCUUAACGACCUGCAAAUCAGUUCACAUGGCAAGAAGGUUUCACGCAAAUCAAAUUCUACUUUUCAAAGUAACGCACAGAUAACAGGCAGCCAAUCGCAGAUAUUACUAGAAAUCACCGAUAAACCUGUACUGAAUGGAGGGGACCGACGUGAUUUACCUGACCAGAUAUAUAAGAACCCCGUUAGAUGUGCAUUCAAGAGUCAGGCCGAAUUAGUUUUUACCCAUGAUGAGUGUAAUCGGCAAAUGGAGAAAGCACCAUUGUCUUCCGAAAACGAAGAAGAGCAGCUUGAAGGUGAUAUCUACAACUGUUCGGCAGACCUAUUCGGUGGCUCGCUCCUUUCCGAAAUGACCACAAACAAACUCUGCACACGUGUCAGCGUACAGCUACCAGUGACAAAUGUGCAGUAAAAUGAGUUGAUAUCAAAGACUCACCAUGAGCACCCGAUCCAUGCAGUUGGAUUACCACAUAUUUUGAGUGAUUUAUUUUUAAAGAAUGAUUUUUUUUAAUAUGCUUUUAGAUGAUUUAAGGUUUCAUUGGAAACAGAUUGAGAUCAGAUUAACUUUAGAACAUCGUACUGUCCUUUUUUGUACCUCGUUUUUGUAUUUUGACUAUUCGUUGACUCACAACACUGUCAGUUCUCCUCCCUUUAUUUACAACCAUGAAUGCUAUUUAAGUGAAGUAAAAGGAUGAUGUGUAUGUGAUUUGAUUGCUGGCUGGUAAAUUAACUGAUUUAAAAUAUUAAAUUCUUAACACUGGCA